AUGGCAUCCUUCUUCGCACAGCUCUGGGAGAGCGUGUUCUCUCCAGGCGCGUCGCCACAACUGCUGGUGGCCACGCACGUGUCGUUCGUGUUUCUGACGCUGUGUCUGGCGUGGCUGAUCUUCCUGACCCGCAACGUGCACUUCAUGGUGCUGCUGGCGAUCUCGACGGCGCUGUGGAUCACCGUGACGUGGUUCGUGGCCGAGCUCAGGAGUGCCGAGCUCAAGUCCAACGACGAGCUGGCCGCCAAGCCCGCGGCCGCGGCCGCGGCCGACGCCGAGCCCGCAGCUGCAGUUGCAGUCACGACCGCGCGCUCCACGGGCGCGAGCGGCGCCUCUGGCGCCGCCGCCACCCGCUCCAGAAAAGUGUAG